AUGGUUACUAAUGUGGGAGGUGUAAAAUUGGCUUCCGCUGUCAGGACGCUUCACGCCGACUUGGCAGGUUGUAUACGUACACUAGACGAGCGCGAGGUACAAUCGUAUCCAAUCAGGGCUGCUGACCUCGCCUGCUGUCCACUAAUUGCACGCUGCCUCUCAGGUUUGCCAAAUCGACACUUCCAGCAUUUCAUCCGGGACGUGCACCCGAACCGGCUGAAGACUGUUAUUCGGGAAUGUCAGAGGGCAGCUCCUGCAAAUUACUACGUCUUGCGGCGUCUUAAGGUGUUCUCUCAGGCAAACGUAAUGACGGACGCUGCUGGUUACAUCGCACUGAUACGACAGCAAAAUGUAACUGUGGCAUCUGGCUUCGAUUUCUGUCAGGUGCCCUUAGAUCAGUUAUGUAUGUUGCAAAGCUUUUACAUGACCCUGUAUCUCAAUUGUAAUGUUCCACAAACUGAAAACGACUGGAUUGCUAUAGCAAAGGAUUUCGAAAAGAGAUGGAAUUACCCUCAUUGUCUUGGCAGCCUAGAUGGAAAACAUAUCGAUAUAAUUCCUCCAGUCAACAGUGGAUCUUUUUUUUCAAUUACAAACAUAGACACAGUUUAG